UUUCAAAGGAAAAAAACAUUUAGUACUUCAUGUAACAAGCCGGCCACUGAUCGGCGUCGCUUCUAGGCGAUAAAAGUAAACAGACCUUGCAAAAUAUUUGUAAAAUGUCUCCAUUUCUAUAGACACUGAAUCGUUGGAUUUUAUGGGUGUAUGACGAUAACGUCGGGGAAAGUCCAUGAGAAAUCUAUCGGGGAAAUAAAUGCAAGUUUUGCUGGAUAACUUUAAAGGAAAUUUAGACUUUCAGUGUAUUGGCUCCUUUUUGCAUGGCAGGUGCAUUUCUGCCGCGCUCCUACAGUCUGCAGGGACCGAAAUCAGAAGGUUAGAAUCAGUUUGAAUUCGAACAAAAGUUUCUUUACUGUGGAUAUGUCGGACUUCGCUUUACCGGUACUUAUUUAGGCCUAUUUACUUAUUGUUUGAUUUUUUUUGGGGGGGCUGUUGUUUUUCUUGGUUUUGUUUGAUUGCUUUUUUGGAAGUUUAAUCACACUCAUGGGUGGAUUGGAUAAAUAAUUAUUAUUUAUUUUGUUUUAGAAAUCCUUUCCCAUCGGGGUGAUGUAUAAAGCCCGGAUUUCACCUCAACCCCCAGAACGGCUAUCAAAGGUUACAUUAAAAAAUCCAAAUGCUCACCCAACAAGUUUUCCCAUCACCCGAAAAUGGUGUCCGUAAUGUGCUCAUUUAAAAGGAGGAACUGAAUUGAAAGAUUAUGGAUUUUUUUUUCGUUUCUUAAAGUUAAGGUUUUACUUAUGAACAUUUUUGAAAUGUUCGGAAAUAGUGUGUCAGCCGUCGUCAAACACCUAAGGAUAGGUCACAAUUCAGCUCAGGAACUUCACAUUUAUGUCAAUAAUGAGGCUGAUUUCUUAAUGAUUAAUUUUACAGGGUCUUGCGAAUUGAACCUGUCUAUGAAUGCAUCGGUCCUUGUGGAAGGGGAACCCGUACAGUUCGUGUGUUCUCCAGGGAAGAACUGUGAGGGAGUUUCAUCCAUACGUUGGUUCCUCAAUGGUAGCAGGCCGUCAGAAGGUACCAGUGAUUUUGAGGAGACCACGUGGUCCUCAAGCAAUUUCAACCUCGUUCCCCACAGGAACCUGUCAGGAUUACUACUAGAAUGCCGAAUGCUCUUAGACGGAGUGAUUCGACCAUUCGUAAGGAGCAUGAUAUUGGAUGUAGCAUUUCCACCACGAAGUGCUGGUGUUACGGUUAGCAACGGCUCUCUGAACUGCAGUGGUACAUGUCAUAUGAAGGUCAACUUAUCACAGACGUACGAGUUCAGUUGCCAAACUCUAGACUCCAAUCCAGCCUGCAUAGUCGAAUGGACACUCCAAAAUCCCUCGGCGCGCCUACCAACGCAUUCACCCUCAAAGGAUUUGAAGACCUCGGCUGUAAGCUGGAGGCAGAAGCAGGGGUGGGAUUCUACAAGCACACUCAGGUUGACGGCUCUGCCUGACUUCCAACGGAGGAGCUUGGUUUGUAGCAUCUCCCAUCCGGACAAUCUAACAAUGUUCAGAGAAAUUAGAGUGGUUCUUCUUGUCAAUACAGGAUCCGUGGACGCCAGCAUCAUAAUCAUUGUUGGAUGUUGGCUCGCUUUCGUAAUCGUCUGCUUGAUCCUUGCGUAUGCUGUCAAAAGUGCUUGGGUGCAUGAGAAGGGGAGGCGAUACCGUCUCAACUCAGACCAGCCAUCGGCUGUUCAAGAAAAGAAUGACGAGUCAUCUGAGGUUAUGGAGGCCCUGAUAGAGCUAGAGGGGCCUCGAACGGCUCGAGGAGUUCUUUGGGACAAGGUUACCAUUCUCAACAAGAUUGGAGAAGGGGCGUUUGGUGUGGUUUACAAAGCAAAUGCCGAUGGAAUUAUUCAAGAAGGGAAGGUAGAAACAGUUGCUGUGAAAAUGAUCAAAGAAUGGGUUCCAGGGUCAAGUAUGGUCAGUGACUUCAUGAAAGAACUGAACAUCUGCAGAACGUUGCAGACACACCCAAAUGUUAUAACGAUGUUGGGUUGUUGCGUUGAAAAAGAGCCAUACUGCUUAAUAUUCGAGUACGCACCCAACGGGAACUUGGCUAAGUUUCUUAUGCAGAAGAAGGCAGAGUGGAAGGCCAAACGUCAUGGUGCACCAGUCAGCUCGGAUCUGAUAAUUAAGUUCGCAUGCCAGAUUGCUAAUGGUAUGCACUAUCUGUCAUCUGUUAAGAUCAUCCACAGGGACUUGGCUACCCGCAACAUCCUCUUGGAUGAAAAUUUGACUUGUAAAGUCUCAGAUUUCGGCUUUUCACGUGAUGUCUUCACCCAGAAUUUCUACCAGAUGUCGUCAUCGGGGGCUGUUCCAGUCCGCUGGAUGGCUCUAGAAUCCAUCGUCGACGAUAUUUACACCACCAAGAGUGACGUGUGGUCUUAUGGGAUCCUGGUAUGGGAGAUGAUCACCAUGGGAACCCAUCCUUACCCUGGGAUCAAGGUCACAGACCUCAUUGACGCUCUAAAAGACGGCAGACGUUUGCCCAAACCCUCUUACUGUGGUGGCGAACUAUAUAAAAUAAUGAAGGAAUGCUGGCAUCCGACACCGACCUGUCGUCCGGACUUUGCGGAUAUCUUGCAGACAGUUGAGUCUAUGUCUAGUGACCCAACAGAAUAUCUUCAAAUGACAAAAUUCACACCAGAUUACGACGGUUACCAGUGAAAGGAAGCACAGUGAUCACAGAUCAUCAGUCAUCAAUUUCGGUCCCCUUUCACGUGUCGUUGCUCAACGAAGCACAUCAAAAUUAAAGUUCUGGAGACAGGGAAUUGUUAGUGUCAUCCAAAAAACUUUUUUUUCACGAACACAAAAUACAUCUUGUACACAUACAUAGCUGGUACAAAUAAAUUAAAUGGAAUUUAAACGUUUGGAUUAAGUAAUCAUGAAACACAUUUUUUAAUUAUUGUGAGGGUUCCUUUGGGAGCACCGUACAUUGUUUACUCUUGCGUUACUAUGGUUAUCUUACUCGUGUGUCUUGCUUGUACUCCAGGUAUUAACGUUUAUAGUCCGGUCAUUUUAAUGCAUGUAUCACCACUCUCGCGAUUCUAUAAUGCCAAAACUCUUUUCAAAAUAGGAGGGUUAUUCAUUUCUCAGGAAACGUAUACGCUUACAGUUUGGGUCUCACCCACAAUGUAACAGGUCCGGGGGGGGGUGGGGGGUGGCUGAAGAGGGCCAACGAAAGCAGCUGGCCACUUUUACGGCAAAAACCAUGAUUGGUGUUCUUUUUGUGCUUCACCCCUCCCUGAUUGGUUCUGUGGCGGACGGUGCGGAGGGUAAGUAAGAAUUUCGGGGACAAAUAGCACAACACGCUGGCGAAUGGAUGUGACCUGUAGAGCGUCAACUUAUCCAUCUUGAGCAGAAUCAUCGCUUCCUAUCAGUUGAAAAGAGCCAAGUUGCUCGGUAGUGUUCCUUUUGGUGGUAUAUAGCGAUGCGAUUGUAACGUAUGCAUUUUACAGCCGUGUUUGAGUCAGCAAAGGGCAGUUCCGGCCACAGGAGCGUCCGUUGUAGGAAUGUUUCGCGUUAUCUAUUUUAUUCGGGCCCAGAUCUCUGUGGGACACUGGGUGUCAGUUUCUCUUAUCUAUUCAGGGUUGUUUUGAAAUGCUUUCUUUGAAUAAAAAGUAGCCUACUUUGAUAAAUGUUCCGUGUGCCAUCAUCGCUCGCUGUUUGCUUCGUAUUAGUACGCGAGUGGUUGUUUACACAGUACUGGCAGGUGCGUUGCACCAGCGGCUGACUGACAGAAUAGAGUUACUCCCAGAUACUCAAUCCUGGCGUUCGGUAAAUUGGAGAUUAAAGAUAAAGAAUGUGUGG